AGAAAUAUGACUAUUGAAAGAUAAUAGAGGGAAUAAAGCUAAAUGUCCAGAUAUGCUUCUCUUUCCAUUUAUUUAUCGAAUUAAAUGCCUCUUUUAGAUCAAUCUCAGUACAUAGCUUCAUUACACACUAUCAUGAAGACGGUAAACUUAAUAACUGAACCGGAUGAGUGUUAUGGGCAUAAAACUUCUCUCACCUUCCAUGAAACUCUCCAUUCUCUCUUCUUGUAAUGAUCCUGACAUAUUACCAAAUUUGCUGAUGUGAAAUAAAAUUUAAUGCCCAUAAAUUUUUUAUUGAGAAUAGCAUUAAUCGCGCGUCUUCUUACCUAUCAUCAAUACUGCUACCGUGAAGCCAUUCUGAUAUGGUCUUCAUAAGAGUUAAAUAUCUUGGGCUCAGAUCAACAUCGGCUCGGGAUCCUCUAGCUUUAGGUGGCAGGCUCGCUGGAGCUCGGCUCAUUGACAGCCCUCACGCUCAGGGCUCAGCCGCUCAAGGGUUCAUCUCCUCCCUCUGUUUCCCUUCCUCCUUCCUCCCUGUGCUGUCGAGCCGCUCUAUUCGUAUUCGACUCGAGCUCGGACCUUGGUGAGCUUAUGGCUCGGCGCGAUCUCAGGCUCUCAUCGACGUCGGCUCGCGAUGCUAUCGAACUCCAGCUUUGAGGUGGCAGGCUCGCUCGAGCUCGGCUUACUGACCUUCCUCGGUUCCUCCUCAGGGCUCCGGCUCAGAGCUCAUCUCUUUCGCCCUCUCCAGUUCCCCUUGUCUCGACUCUAUCCUCCCUUGCUCUUCCUUCCCUGGUGGCGAUGACUGGGCGAGCGGCGGCGCCAUUUGUCCUGUCUUCGCCCAGCCCUUUGCUGGCGACGAGCGCAUCCUCCAGAAUUAUCGGGUGUACAUGUGUACACCCACGUCCUAUGCUGGGUCCGCCCCUGCCAACCAGAGGAGUCAUUUUAACUUCAAAAAAUGUAGAUGAAGCUUUCUGUCACCCUUCAGACAAGGAUAAUAGAAGCAGGAAUUUGCUUCUGCAAUUCGGUGCACUUCCAUGUUGCACUACAGUUUGGUUUACUACUGCACAAUCAGCACAUUCUAGUGUGGGAACAAAGUUAAAUAUGGUUUACGAGGUCGGAGAGCUGUUUGAGCUGGGAAUUCAGCUGUCGUAUCUUCUUAUACUACUUGGUCUGCUUGGAGCUGGUACAUUUUUUGUCAUUCGUCAGGUUCUCGUUCGCAGAGAGCUUGAUCUUUCUGCCAAAGAGCUGCAAGAACAAGUGAGAAGUGGUGAUGCAAGUGCUACAGAGUAUUUUGAGCUUGGAGCAGUUAUGCUACGGAGAAAAUUUUAUCCAGCUGCUAUCAAAUAUCUGCAGCAAGCAAUUGAAAAAUGGGACAGAGAUGAGCAAGAUCUUGCGCAGGUGUACAAUGCCCUGGGGGUCAGUUACAAGCGAGAUAACAAACUGGACAAGGCAAUCCAGCAGUUUGAGAAGGCCGUGGAGCUCCAACCAGGCUAUGUGACGGCUUGGAACAACCUAGGCGACGCAUAUGAGCAGAAGAAAGACCUGAAGUCGGCCCUCAAGGCUUUUGAGGAGGUCCUCCUCUUUGAUCCCAACAACAAGGUUGCAAGGCCACGCGUGGACGACCUCCGGCAGCGCGCCAGCAUGUACAAGGGCGUGCCUGUAAAGUCUGAAAAGCGAUAGCUGUAUUCCCUUUUGGGGGUAAAAUUGUGCAUUACUGCAUUUGUCCUGUCCCCAUGGCGGAGUAGCAGUUGUUCAAUUUUUGAACGGUAGCAUUUGUAAACAUGACGACUCGGCUCGGAAUGGUGCCUGAAGAAAGGCAGAUGUAAUAUGCAUGCUUAUCUUGUUGGAGCAAUGCAGAAUGUGCUGUAGGAGCCUGUGAUUGUGUUCGCCUGUUGAUCUGCUGUAAGAUGGAAGUGGUUAUCUGCAAAAAGCCGUUGAGGCGGUGACA